UUUCAUCUUUUUGGCCUGUAGCAGGAACUCUUGAUGCUAAAGCAAGAAAACACUGAGCUGAAAAAGGAGAUGGAAAAACUCAAAGAAGACCUGGAAGAGCACAGUUCCCGGGACAAUCCGUUGGAGGUUAAAAAGAAGGUGGCAGAGAUGCAGUUGAAGUUCACUCACCUGGAAGAGAUGAAGGAUGAUGGGGCAGAUAAGGAUAUGGACACCCAUUGUGUCUUUGGGGUGGCCACAAAAACCCCCUUCAGACUCAACCAGAACCAGGCACUGCUGACUUUUGAAGAUGAAGAAGUUGCCCGGAGGCUGACAAAGAUGAGCAAGCACUGUGUGAACCUGGACAACAGAACAGCAAAUGUGACAGUGAAACCUUUUGAACUCGACAUGGGAUUCCAGUUUGAGCUCCACGUCACUGUCUCUGGAAAGAAGAUCAACGUUUCAGACAUACCUGAGCUCCCCAUUCCUGAAGAGUGGAUGAGAGACAAACUUGAGCUGCAUUUCUACAAAACUGAGCAGGAAGAAGGAGGAGGAGAAAUAGAAGAAGUGGCCUACAACAGGGGGUCUGGGACAGCUGUCAUCACAUUCCUCAAGCCUGGAGCAAGCUACAACUUUGUGAGAUAUACUAAAUACCCUUUCUGUGUGGAGGAAACGUGGUUCUUCAUUUCUGUCUCACCACAUUUUGAUUUCCACUUGACGAAGUUUCAGCCACACUGCAGGGUUUCCAAGAAAACCAUUCUGCUGAAAGGAGUCCCAGAGGUGGAAGAGGAUGAAGAAAGUGUGCAGGACAUGAUUGAAAUCCACUUCCAAAAGCCAAGCAAUGGUGGGGGAGAGAUAGAAAAAAUCAAAUACAUCUCCAAAGGAGCAGCCUAUGUUUGCUUUGAGGAGGAUACUGAGGAUGCCAGCUCAGGAACCACAGAGGACUGAUGAGGUUUCAGGGGUUUCUGUAGAAAUUGUGCUUUAAUGCUCUGGAAUUGAUUGAAAGGAAUCCCUGCCUUGCUGCCUUGGCUCAUGGCUCUGGCUUUGGGGAGUCAGCAAAGCUCCCUGCCUGUGUUACACAUGAAAGGCACAGACCAGGCCUUCAGCAGCCCCUGAGACAGCUCACAUUUUCUGCAGCUUUGUUUAUUUUAUACCUUGCGCAUUUAAAAAUACUCCAGAGUGGGAUGAGCGGGUUGUUUCUUACCUUCUGGAUGCAAAAGCCAUAUUUAAUUUAAUCCCAAUCCAAGCCUCUUCCCAGUCCUGCUGUGUGAAGUGCCAGAGUUUCAGGAGGUGGCUCUGGCACAGCUCCAGUCCACCAGAACUCAAACACCUGAAAGAAUCCUGUAAUUUCAUAAAAGCCACUUUAUCAAAUUAGCGAUAGAAUUAAAAUAUAAAAUGGGAAGAACAGAAUAGAAUUAAAAUAGAAAUUAAAAUAGAUAGAAUUGAAAUAGAGAAAAUAAGAAAUUGCACUUAAGAAAUGCCCUGGCAUCUGCUGCCUUUAGCUGUUGGUAGCCUGCUUUAUUGUUUGGUUUUAAUAUUUGUUUCUGCAAUUCAAUUUUCCUCACUUUUGUUCAUGAUUUUGGUUACUUUAAACUGUUUCAGCCAAGGAUUGAGCUGGUGCUGUACCUGGUUUUGUAACAGUGCUGCUGAACAGCCCUGAGGGAAAACAAAUCCUCCUCUGACUUUGCACUUUGCCAUCCUUGGGGGCUGAAAUGGUUUGGCCCUAAUAGUCCUAACUCCAAACUAACAUGAGCCUGGCAUUGGAAAUAAUUUAUUUUGGAGGUAUUUGAUGUCUUGAUGUGCAGGGAAAGGAGAGGGAAUACCUCAGGGAUUAUUAUUGCAGACAAACUGGUAACUGGCAAUGGAUAAAAGUUGAGUGUGGAAAGUUAAAAGGCUGCAAACACCAGAGUUUAUUUUGAAUUUGCUGUUGAGUGAGAUCCAUGUGACUGUAGCACCUCUCACUGUUUAGGGCAUGCAAAGGCAGGGAUUGAUUACCUGACCACUGUAAAAUAAUAAUAAUUACUUCAAACAAAGUAGUGCUGAAGAAUUUACAGAAAUUGUGCACUUUUGGACUCUCAAAAACUUGGUAAGACCAGACACCUUAAAAAGAGAGGGGGAAAAACCUGAGAAAGGUAAAAAAUGUCAUGAAUUUCAACUGUAUCUCACAAAUAUUGACAAGUAAAUCAUUAAAAAGGAAAAAGCUUAAAAUUCUCAUAAGGUGUGACUCAUGGGGAGUAGUGAGAAGCUGCAGGUUUUACAGCCCAGAAAACAAAUCAGAUUUUUACACUUUAAAGACAAUGUCUGUAAAUACCUUGCCUUUGUCUCUGA